GUUCAAAUAAAUAGUGUAUAAUAAAAAUAGAGGUUAAGUUAUUCUUGUACGAUGGAAACCGAAAAGGAGAAUAUAAGAUUUAAGGUAAAAUCUAAAAUUCCUCUCCCUACAGAACCACUGCCUCCCAUUCCACAAAACUUAAUAAAAAGACAAGAUGUAGAUGUUGAGAGGCAGCCUUUGAAAACUAUCAAUAGACAACCGAACAACAUAACCAGAAACGAAGAAUCUAGUUGUACAACUGAGAAGGUAGAAAAAGUGAAAACUAAAACAAAAUGCGCUGUCAAGAUCGAUACCCGAUAUGUUACUAUCAGACAAAAUACUGAAGACUUAGAUUGGGACUACAAAGUGUUUAAAGACAAUAUUGUAGAAGAUAAUAGUGUUAUACUUAUAAGCGAUGAUGAAGGUGACAGAAGUAAUGAGCUACGAUAUUUUGUUGAAAAUCAAAAUAAGAACUGUCUUGGAGAAACUAAAAAGGCAAUAACGCCCUCACUUAAAUCACCGUCACUAGAACCAAAUAAAGUUAGAAAUAUUAAAAAGAGUCUAAAGAGACCUCACAGUCGAGAACUGCAAGGUUUAUCUCCAGUAGCAAAACACGAUAAAGGUGAUGAGAGACAUAAACGACGUUUAUUCGAUGAAUGUUUGCGAGAUAAGUUGCAGUCACCAGAUCAUCUUAAGAAAUCUUACAUGGUAUGCUUAAACCGAGAUUACACAGGGGAUUUGUACACGUAUCUAUUGAAUAUAGAAAAUAAAACAGUACUGCCAAGAAUAUCAAGCGUAACGCGUGCUUGUGUAACGAACUGGCUGGUGAAAGUCAACGCCAGUAAUGGAAACCCAGCAAUAGUUCAAACAGCACUUUGGUACUUGGACUCGAUAUUAGCCGUUGGUCAUGUUCAGUUGGAGAAGUUGCAACUUGUAGCAGCAGCUUGCUACUGGAUAGCACAGAAAAUUCAUGGUCAUGUCUUAACAGCUAACAAAAUAGUUAAGUGCUCAAGUCACGCUUUCACUGCUGCCAAUCUUCUAGCAGCCGAAAAAGCCGUACUGUACAAAUUGAAAUUUCCAACUCAACCGGUGCUACCUCAAGAAUUUAUAACAUACCUCUCGUGGUGGUGCGAUAGUUCACACCCUGGUGAAAUUGAAAUAGCUGCGACUUUUCUUUGUAUAACAGGCUUAAUGGUAGACAAAGUCCUUUGUAACGAAUACCCAUCAGUGAUCGGCGCUGCUGCUGUCAGAAAUGCAAUCUUAUUGUUGAGAAAGAAGGAAGCAAUGAGAAAGCUUCAAAGAAAUCCUGUAUUUAAAGAAGCAGAAAAGAAAACAUCGAAUAUUUCUUACGUUUGCUCAAUCCAAAGAAAGGCAGUCCGAUUGAUAUCAUCACCGAUUUACGAAUAUAAAGCACCGCUCGAAUAUUACGGCAUACCACCCCAUUAUAUAGCCCAGAAAAUUAUCAGUUCUGCUAACGAACUUGCAGUCAUCGAUACUAGAAUAAGGCCCACAGCAGUAUAGUAACAUAUCAUAUUUAACAUUAAUAACAGUUUGAAUUUUUUAAAUUUUUUCCAUUCUGUUGUUUUCUUAUACAUAAAAUUUUUACUAACUUAUAUGAAAGUAUUUUAAAUAUUUUUGAGAAUGCGGAACAUAACUAAUCUUUAAAUUGUUUUUAAUGACUGAACUUAACUAGAUGACUGGAAUUACUUAAAACUGACUUACUUCUGACUUAAUACAAUGAAAUGGUAAGUUUUUGUUUAUCGUAAAUUGUGUGACAAUUUUAUAAUAAUUUAAACA